GGCGCGGGGGGCUCGAAGGGAUGCGUGGCUGCUACCUACACACACACGCACACGCACAAAGGAGACGGUGAGGAGGAGCCAGGCAGCCAAUCCCAGGCAGGCAGCGCCGCGCUUUGUGUUUCAUUCAAGAGGCAGCGAAGGCGAAGCGGUCCCUUCGUCGCCCCAGCUCGGGCUCCACGGCGGCGUUUUCCACCCUCCUUUGGCAACUCGCGGGAAAGAGAGGCGGCCCGGCGGCCUCGAGAGGGACGGUCAAGAGGCUGCUGUAAAGAGCAGAGCCUUCUGGCAUCAAGAAGAGCCAACAUAAGCCAUACCAACACAGAAGGGUUGACAAAUCCAAGGGAGUGAAGCGACAGACCUGUGUUGGGGGGAAGAAGCAGAGAGCCAUGUUCCAAGCCAAGGGACCGGCCAGUACAGCCUCCACUCAUGAGUCAAAGAGCAACUCAGGAGCAUCCACUGUACAGCGAUCCAAGUCAUUCAGCCUGAAGGCCCAGGUGAAGGAGACAUGCAAUGCCUGUCAGAAAACGGUCUACCCCAUGGAGCGCCUGGUGGCUGAUAAGUUUGUCUUCCACAACGCCUGUUUUUGCUGCAAGCACUGCCACACCAAGCUAAGCCUGGGCAGUUACGCAGCUCUCCAUGGGGAAUUCUACUGCAAGCCGCACUUCCAACAGCUUUUCAAGAGCAAAGGCAACUACGACGAGGGCUUUGGGCGCAAACAGCACAAGCAGCUCUGGCUGCAGAAAGAGGUGGAAAAUGGGACUGAGACCGCAUGACGAGCCUGCCCCUCUUUCUUCACUUGGAGAGCCUCGGCGCAGGGAUGAACUGAGCUGAUGGAAAGCAAUGGAGUUGGCAAGGCUUGCUGGGAGUAGGGAAGGCUAGGCUGGGCUGCUGCAGAGUUUGGUUCUUAGGAUAUGGGGGAAACAGGUGCCUGUAUGUCUGUUUGGGCUGAGGGCUGGGGAAUCUACAAAUCUCCUAGAAUUGCCCAGGUGGUGAGACUGGAGACCAGAGACCAGUGCUCAGUCAUGCAGGAACAGGAUCGCCCGUGGGGGACAGAGGUAAUACUGGUGGUGAUAGAUAUUGGAACAAUACUUCCAAACUUUUCAGCUGGAUAAGCUAUAAAUGAGAUUCUACCUCUGGUUAGUACGAGUCCUUUGCUCACUACACAAUCCUGCGUACCAUUUUAUAACUUUCUACUAGCAGUGGCAAUCCACCCAUGUUUUCUAUUUCUAUUAAACUGCUGAGAGGAAAUUGCCCAGCUACUAUCUCCCUUGCCACUGAACCUUAGGACAAACUUUCCAGCAGGUUUUGGGUGAACCCAAUGGCUGAGGGUAGUGCAGCGCCAUGGAUACAGAAGCAGCCAGCACCUCUACCAGCAUGACUGUAACCACAGUUCUCCCAAUCACCACAAAGAAACAAAUGACGGUUAUGCCGGUAGUGCAGCUUUACUUCCAGAAGGUGCUGUUGCUUGUGCCCACAGCAGUGAUGCCACAGUAAUCAUCCCCAUUUGCUAUUACCCAUACGCAUGUCAGUCUGUGUCUUCCAAAAUGUUAAGGUACUAUCACAUUCACCCAAUUUUGGAAGGGGAGAUGACGCACCACCCUUGUAAAACAACCAGCUACCUGAAUCAACAAGGCUUCAGUUUCCUAAGGACCUUUUAGAAUGGGGCAGGGAACAGAGUGAAUUCUGUCACUUCCGCUUUACUGUUAAAGACAUUUUUGCAAUAAGCCUGUGCCUCUUCUGCCAUGGGGGAAUUGUGCUUCUCCUGCCCAUGUAAGAUGUUCCCCUUAUGGGAUGGAGCUGCAGCUGAUUGCAUCUGCUUUGUAUGUAGGUCCUGGGCUCAAACCCUGCCCUCUCUAGGUGCAGCUGGGAGAGACUCCUGCCUGAAACCUUGGAGAGCUGCUAACAGUGUAGAAGACAAUACCAAGCUAGGUAUUGUCAGACCAAUGGUCUGACUCAGUAGAAGGCAGCUUCUUGUGCUCCUAGGUGCCUGGGAUAGGAAAGGCUGCAUGUGCUCAGCUUCAGAUAUUCUAACAAACAUGAGAAGGGUAGCAUAGUACUACAUGUUCUGUCAAAGUUAACAAGUUUCUUCUGUCGUUGUGGAAGACAAUAAGAAACAAACUUGUGCAACAGUGAUUGAAGCUUAAACUCCCAGCCCCUAUGCAAAACUAAUGGUGAAUUGAGACAUGAAAUGGACUCCAAACCUUGCACCCUGGUUUUCAUCAGCUCAGUUCUGCCCAAACAUUCAGCCUUAAAUCCCGGGGAAAUGUUCAAUGUGUCUCUCUUUUAUAUUUGCCUUUUUGAGUGGUACGUGGUAAACUGAAGCACGAACUCGUGGUGUUGUGUCCAGAGUUGCGCUGUCUGCUCUCUUUUGAUUAUUUUUGUAAUAUAGGUUUUCUGAGCCUU